AUGAAGAAACUGAGGCUUAAGGAACUCGAGAGUCGCCUGCAACAGGUAGAUGAGUUCGAAAAGCCCAAACUACUUUUAGAACAGUAUCCGACCAGGCCACACAUUGCAGCAUGUAUGCUCUAUACAAUCCAUAACACAUACGAUGACAUUGAAAAUAAAGUGGUUGCAGAUCUAGGAUGUGGUUGUGGAGUGCUUAGCAUCGGAGCUGCAAUGUUAGGAGCAGGGUUGUGUAUUGGAUUUGACAUAGAUGAAGAUGCAUUGGAAAUAUUUAACAGGAAUGUAGAAGAGUUUGAGUUAACAAAUGUUGACAAGGUUCAAUGUGAUGUUUGUUCAUUAUCUAACAAAAUGACCAAGUCAUUUGAUACAGUAAUUAUGAACCCUCCCUUUGGGACCAAGAAUAAUAAAGGAACAGAUAUGGUUUUUCUGAAGACCGCUUUGGAAAUGGCAAGAACAGCUGUUUAUUCUUUACACAAAUCAUCAACUAGAGAACACAUUCAAAAGAAAGCUGCAGAAUGGAAAAUCAAGAUAGAUAUUAUUGCAGAACUGAGAUAUGACCUACCAGCAUCAUAUAAAUUUCAUAAAAAGAAAUCAGUGGACAUUGAAGGGGACCUAAUUUGGUUUUCUGUCACGCUGCAAGAACAGCAGCGUGCAGGCACUCAACACCCAGAGCUGGCAGCCCGGAGGCGUGGUCUGGAGCCUGAGCCUUAUCACAGGCGACCUACCGGACCAGGGAAGAAGGCGGGGCUCCGAGUGGCGGGAGGUUUGAAGAGUCGGGACAAUAAGCCGCUGCAGGGGCUGCUGCCGGAGGCUGCGAGGCAGGGUCGGGCUGCCUCCACCCUGGCUGUCGCCGCCGGGGGCGUGUUGGACGCCGUGUGGGGUGCUGAGAGGACCCUAACCCACGACUGCUAUUUCGGAAAAGAGGGUAAGAGGAUUACUCUGGGCUAUAAAGGGGUGGGGCGAGCGUGCGCUCUGCGCAUGCUCAGUGCUUCCCCUCCCGCCGGGCUUUCGGUUGGUUUCCGCGUCUCAGCUCCAUGCAGUCAGGAGCACUGUCGGAGAGGGGGUUCGAGUCGCGACCCUCUGAUGGCGCCCCUGAGACUUCAAGUAAAUCCAUUCUCAAAGAGCUUGAGCGAUCUCAGGCCACAAAUCAAGGUUUUUGAGACAGGUCACCGCUGCUCCGUGGGCGGAACUCUCCUUGUGGAGCUAGGUGGAAACAGUUUCCUGUUAACCGUGCAGGACCUGCCCGAGCUCUUUCCUGUUGACACUUGUGAUGGAUGGAAUAAUUGCCCAGUUGUUUUGAUCCUAAAUGAGCCUCUGAAAAAUGUUACAGAUAUUGGAGAAAAGAUAGAUGUAGUGGCAUAUAUUGAAGUGUGGUCAUCAAAUGGAACAGAAAAUUAUUCAAAGGCAUUUUCGAACCAGCUUGUGGAUAUGGGGGCAAAGGUUUCAAAAACUUUUAACAAACAGGUUACCCAUGUUGUUUUUAAAGAUGGAUACCAGAGCACUUGGAAUAAAGCACAGAAGAAUGGAGUAAAGCUCGUUUCUGUGCUCUGGGUUGAAAAGGAAAAUGAGUGCAAAGAUCCAGAGGCAGGGAUGGGCUUGAUAUGUUCAAGAAAUAUUGAUCUUGUUAUUUCCAAUACGCCAUCAUCCCAAGGCCCAAGAACUCAUCAUUCAAUCAAGAUGUUUGGUUAUGAGCGGGAGGCAGAGCGAGUCCAAAAUGGCGACUCUCAGGCUGGCCCGCUUCGUGUUGCUGGGACUUUGAGGUGGUCGCCAGCGGUCAGGGGGAACGAUUUCCCCGCCACGGGGGCCCUGGAAGAUGAAUCGGGGCCUCUGCUAAGGUUAGGCAGUGGGGAUGAUUCCUUUGCUGUGGAUUUUGGUUCAUCCUUUGAUGGUAGUUGUGGAAACUCAAAAUGUCAAAAUCAGAAAAUGAACUUGGGAGGACUUAAUGAAGAAAUUCAAAGUGAUGUCUGUAUAUCCUUACCUGUUUUGAAAACAAGUAGUAUUCAUUCAGCAUCAUCUUGCAGCUCGCCCAACAAAUUAACACCUCAAAGACCUGUGAGUAAUCUUUCACACAACGAAAUAAAUUGGCAAAGAGAAAAUGUAGGUAAAAUAGUUACCCCUGAAAACAGACAAUCUGAAGGAUUAUCUAAGAAGAUCUUUGAUGCGAACUACAAUUUUUCUCCUACAGUAGAAGGUCAUAUGUCAGUACCUUUAAGACCCAACAGUUCUUCAGCAAAGCGUAAAAGAACAUUAGAGUACUUAUGCUCAUCUUCUAAAGAAAUGCUAAAGAAAAGAAGAGUUAGCACUAAAUCUGUAAUACCAAAAUUGAAACAGUUUUCAUCAGAAAACAUGCCGCAGUGCGCAACUGAAUCUGUUUUAGAGACUGCUGAUUGUGAGGAGUCUUCAUCAUAUGAUGAUUAUUUUUCACCUAAGAAUCUUAAGGAAAGGAAUUCAAGGAUUCUUCUCCCUGAAGUUCAUUUACCAUCAAACCUUAAAUUCAGUUGUAGAAGAAGUCUUUCUAAGAAUGAGAGAACAAGUAUAUUAAAAAUGUCUGAUUUUUCUUGUAUGAGUAAAGACUUCAGAUCAACUGACAUUACUAAUAUAACAGUAAAAACUAGUUCUUGUCUUCAGAAGCCUACAAAUUUUGAAGAUAAUGCAGCUUUGGCCUUCACAGUUUCUAAGCAAACAUCUACAGAUGAAGAAACACCACAAUUUUAUAGAAAAACUGAUCCUCAGAGAAGAGAAGACCCAACCAAAGAAGGAAAUAACUUUACUUCUACUAUCAUUAAAGAACUUGCUCAUCAGAAAGAGUAUCUAGAGAAAGAACAUGAGGGAGAUAUAACUCCAUUGAAAGAAAGCACUACUAAUAUGAAAGAAUUGAUUGAUACCCAUAACUGGCACAGGGAAGAAGGUACCACUUAUGAAAGGUUGAAGUCUCCUGAAAGUGAGACACAAAAUGAAUAUAUACUAAACUUUGUAGGUGGUUGUAAUAUGGAAGAAUCUACAGAAGAAAUGAAAAAUGGAUCCAGAGGACAUAAUGAAAGUAUGUAA